AUGCCUUCCGAUAACAAGAGUAACAGCAAGCCGACGGCUGCAGACAGUAAGGGUGGUAGUAAACCGACGACUCCGGAAAAUAAGAGUACUACAAAAACGCCGACCGCGGACAAUAAGAGUAGUAGUAAGCCGACGACUUCGGUUAAUAAGACUAAUAGUAAGACGACGGCUGCAAACAACAACACACGUGACGCUACGUACAAUGAAGAGGAGGGUAGCGUACGGAUGUUCCUGCGCGGACGUCCCAUCAACCUGUACGCGCCGACUGCUGAGAUCGCGUCCUACGACAUCACCAAAGUGGCCACCGCUCCUUCGUCCAAGUUGAAACUCGAUUGGGUUUAUGGGUACAGAGGGAAAGACUGCCGUUCCAACUUAUACCUGUUGCCCACCGGCGAAAUGGUAUACUUCGUGGCCUCUGUGGCCGUGCUGUACAACGUCGAAGAACAAAGCCAGAGACACUAUUUGGGACACACGGACGACAUCAAAUGUUUGACCAUUCACCCCAACAAGCUUUUGGUGGCCACUGGCCAGACCGCCGGACACGACGGACGCGAGGGAAAACCUCACAUCCGAGUGUGGAAUUCGGUCAGCUUGGCGACGGUGGUCGUGCUGGGACUGGGCGAGUUCGAACGGUCCAUCAGCUGUCUGUCGUUUUCCAAAGCGGACGGCGGCAGCCUUUUGUGCGCCAUCGACGAGGGAAACGAUCACAACAUAUCCGUGUGGGACUGGCAGAAGAACGAAAAGGGUCACAAGAUCACGGAGAACCCAGGUCAGUCGAAUCGUAAUAACAUAUUUUGUUAUUAG